AUGGAAAGAAAUAGUCAUACGGAUGAUAUAUAUGCAAACUGCAUAAGGAGCUAUUUAACUGAAAAUCGUGAUCUAAGAGACCAAGUAAGGCGUGCUAAUGAUGAAUUGAUGGAUCAUAAAGAUACAAUUUCAAUUAUAUCACAAAAUCUGGCUAGUGAAAAGCAAAAGCACGAUAUAACAAAGAGUAAAUGCCAAAAAUUAGAGAAUGAUAUAUAUUCACUUGAACAAACAAACAAAGGAAUUGUUAUUAGCGCUAACGAAAGGAUCAAUCUCUUGAACAAUGAAGUUAAAAACUUGAUGAACGAAAAUAACAAGCUAAAAGAUCAAAUAAAGUUUUACCAAACUGAUAAUCAACAAAAAAUUCAAGAUAUUAAGACAUUAGAAAUAAAAUUAGAUGAAAAGGACUCUACGAUACGAAUUUUAUCAGAGCAGAUACGAAGUUAUAAAUCUCAAAUUGAAGAUUUCCAAAGAAAUGAAAUUCUAAAUCGUAAUAAACUUACAGAAUCACAAAAUUUAUACAACAAUUAUUAUCAGAAAUGCCAAAAACUACAGUUAGAAUUAGACCGAACCACCAAAAACAACCAAGAAAACUCAAUUAUGGUUUCAAAUCUUCAAAUCCGUAUAUCUUCUUUAGAAAAUGCCAUGAAAAACAAUAAAAGCCAAGAAACAAUUAUAAUGGAAAAGAAUUUAAUCAUAGAUGAUCUUCAGAAUCAACUUCAAAAAUCAAAUUUGAAAUGCCAAGCAAUUACAGAUGCUCUAGAACAUUCUCAGGAUAAAUUACGUAAUAGCAUGUAUACAGAACAAGAAGCUUCUACUCUAAAAUCCGAAAAUAUCCAGCUUAAACAAAGAAUUUCUAGACUUGAAGACCAAAUCCGAAGAUACGAAAGUGAUCUCCUUGAGAAGAACCACCAGUAUACAGAGUCACUUGUCAAACAAAGUCGGACCAUCGACGCUCUCAGAAAACAACUUUCUGCUUCUAUGACUUCUGCCGACUACGAAAUGAUGAAGAACGAAGCGUCUGAAGCAAGGAGACUCGCAAACUCACUUGGACAGGAGUACAACACAAUCAGACAGACGUUUAAUACAAUUUCUAGUAAAGUUUCAAAUUUGGAAUCAACGAUCAGAGCAACAGCUUCAGCGCCGACAUCGCCAUCGAAGAAUAGUGUGUAUGAUAAUGAUUAUAAUGAUGAAAUUGACGACAAUUUCAAGAGAAAUCUGUUGUCAACGGAUUAUUUGUAA